AUGGAGGAUGCGGAGGCGGAGCUCGACGGGGCCGAUCGCGACGUGCCAACUGGCAGCCGCCUCCAGAGCACCGCGGUGAAGGAGAAGCCACGUAAGCGUAAGAGAGCUGCCAAGGAGAAGGCGGAGGAGAGGGCGGAGGCGCAGGAGCCAGAGGCUGCCGACGACGACGUGUGCGCGGAGGAGCCGGACUCGGAGGAGAUGGUGGAGGAGGAGUUGGAGGAAGCCGCGGUCGCGUUGGAAGCGGAGGAGGAGGAGGAGGCCAAGGCCGGAGGAAAAUGGUCGGCGGAGAAGGUCGGGGCGAGGAAGCGGGUGGCGCUGCCGAGCACGGAGAGAAGGGCGGACGCCUCGGAGGACCACUUCGUGGGGGAACUGGUGCCAGACCAUGAGGCGAGGCAAAGAUGGCCGGAAAGGUACAAGACCAAGGGCCCUGAUGUAGUCGCUAAACGUUGUGCUGAGGAUGAAGAGCUAAAGGCCAGAUGCCAUUAUAGAAGGGCAAGAUUCUUUUCUAUUCAAACGCUAAAAUGGCUGAACAUGGCUCCCCAAGGUAAAGCUCAGUUCACUAAAGAUUGGGACUUCUAUUAUGACAUGUCUUAUUCAGUUGCAUAUUCAACAUUUGCAAAUCUGCCAGCAGGGAGUUGUUCUCUUGUAGAUAAUGAUGGUGUUUCAAGCAGUGAAGCAUCAAGCAUUUCUGAUGAUGCUGUUGAUUCUUCCAAGGAAACACUAGUUUCUGGCUUUCAUGCAUCAUCUGAUGUACACACAAAAACAACAUCAUUGAUGGAUCUUUAUUCUGGAUGUGUCGCCAUGUCGACUGGGCUUUGUUUGGGUGCCGAGCUGUCCAACUUUAAAUUAGAGACUGUGCGAAAUGAAAAGGCUGAGGAUUUUCUUGUCCUUCUUAAGGAGUGGGAUGCACUUUGUAAGAAAUAUAUUGUCCAGAAAGACACUAUAUUGGAAUCUGAAGUAGCCCGGUCCUUAACUGAUGAUGAAGAUGAACCUCUUUCGGAAGACACAUAUGAGGUAGAGAAGCUUCUUGAUAUCUGCCAUGGUGAUCCAAAUAGCAGUAGAAAAGUUGGCCUAUGGUUUAAGGUACUACCAAAGUUUCCGUUGCCUACCCAUGAUGUUGUUAAGAGAGGAGUAGUGCCAAAUGCAUUUGAGCAAAGUGUGGUAGCAUAUGGCCUUGCAGAUGCUAUAUCCGAUUUACCAGAGGUUGCAAACCAUCAACCCAAAGAUGUGAUGGACUUUAUCGUUGGCCCUAAAACAGAAUUCCAAUGCUACAUCCGGCUUAACCGUAAAGCCAUGAUGGACUACUCCUUCGAUGGAGAGGUUGAUUCUGGCGAAGGUAAACUGUUUGACCAUCAGCCUCUAAAACUAAACAAUGAUGAUUACGAGCGUGUGCAGCAGAUUCCUCUUAAAAAGAUUAUUUUGUAUCCCAGUCAAGCUCGAGUUUUGACCAUCCGUGAAAAUGCAAGGCUGCAAAGUUUUCCUGAUUAUUACAGGCUGUUUGGCCCAAUAAAGCAGAAAUAUAUGCAGGUUGGAAAUGCUGUUGCUGUUCCGGUUGCUCGAGCUCUGGGUUGUUCUCUCGGAAUGGCAUACAUGGGUAGAUUAGAUGGAGAUGGACCACUGUUCAAGCUGCCCAAGAGCUUUACGAGAACUCCUGUAGUGUUUUCAGGAGGUGAAGACGCAGAUAUGGAACAAGUGCUUGAUUGA